UGUGAAUUUCAUGGUCCCUGCCACCUUGGGGCCAAAACAAGUUAAAGUAAUGCAAUCUUUAAAAAUCAUUUUCUUUACUCUUGGACAUUAAGAAGUCAAACUGUUGGCAUGAUUGUAAUUAGCAUUGAGUCCUCUACCCAAAUUCCGAAAUUCAUGACCUCAGGGUAAGGGGUUCUAGUGCUAGGGAAGGACUAAGUCAUGUUAAUUAAAUAGUAAUAAUGCAUACAUUCUUAAAAAAUCUUCUUUGGUCCUGGGCACUAAACCAAAGAACUAUGUACAUAGAUAUAAUGAGGCAGGAUGCCUCAUCCAAAUUUGUGAAUUUCAUGGGCCCGGGGUCAGGGUGUUAGGGCGGGGCUUUAGUGAUUAUAUAGUAAAAUACAUGGAAUCCUUAAAAAUAUAUUUCUUUGCACCUGGGUAUUAUGUGAAUAAGCUAAGUACUUAUUUAAUAUAAAGAAUGUUGCCUCUUCCAAAAUGGUCAAUUUCAGGGCCCCUGGGUCAUAUGGGGGGUGGGUCGUAGUCUGAAAAUAAAUAAAUGUAUUGAAAUUUGCUCUUUGGUAUUAAUAUAAUCAGCCAUUUUUCAUGAAAUGAAAUUUAUGAUGAUAUUUUGAAAUAUGUGACCUUGAGGUCAGUGGUUCCUGUGGGGCGUGGUGCACAACUGGUUAUAAAGACAAAGUGGAAAUGCAUUUUCCCUUUGUUAUGAUAAGCAAUGGUGCCUUUUUCAAAAUUGUGAAUUUCAAUUGUGGAAAGUUAAAUGAUGCUCCGGUGACCUAUAAGGCCCGUGGGCCUCUUGUUCAACUUUAAAUUUUGUUUGAGAAACAAAACUCAUCAAUUCAAACUUUUUUGACAAGGUCAUUCAAGUUUAUUUAAAGCUGAUAAAUAGGUAUUGCAUAUUACAUGUAUAUAUAUUUAAAACAUCUUCCUUAAACAUUAACAACAGUAGGGAAACCCCUGGAAGAUUUUUUUCAUAUAUCUAUUUAAUCAAAAUCUAUUGUAUAUUGCACCCUAUUUCAAAUACAAGAGGAAAUUAUUAAUCACUAUGUCCAUUAAUAUUAUGAAAGUAAAUCUUUUUACAGUGUAGAUAACAGAAAGAACAAUUUCUCGUCAUACUGGUCAAGGAAAGAAAUGACUGGGUUUUUUUUUCUUUAUGAACACAAGCAAUUUUGAGUAUUUUUUACGGAGCAAUGGACAUAUUUUAAGAUGAAAAUUGUUUUCCUUUUUAAGUCCCUACCGGUGAAACCGGAGGGGACUAUAGGUUUCCUUUGCGUCUGUUCGUCCGUCCGUCUAUCUGUCCCCGUCUGUCUGUCAGUCAGUCUGUCCUACCUGGUUUUCCGCAUUUUCUUUCUUAACGCUUGCAGAUAUUUAGCUAAAUUUGGGUAUGUGAGUGUACAUAAAUGAGUUAAAGAUGAAGUUUGAAUUUCGUUUCGCUUCACUGAUUUUUGACAGAAUUAUGGCAUUUUUAAUUUUUUAUGAUGGUUUAAGAUCGGGUUCGUGCUGCGCUGAAUUCCGAUGGUCAACAUGGUAAAUAUUUAGCGAGAAAAAGACGUUAAAAAAUGAGUUGAACUUUCAUUUUUAUGUGGAUUAUUUUAUUAGGUGAAAGGCAUUCACAACCUCAAAAUCAAUCAGUUUUUCCUCGGUAAGAACUUUUGCAUAUUAUAAAAUUACAUCCUUACGAAAAAGGGUAACCCGGUAGGGGACAUGUAUUGCUUAAUGCAAUACUCUCAGAAUGCUUGUUCAUGUUUGCAAAUACAUGUAAAUAUUCUUAAUGAUUAUCAAAAGUUUGAAUUUAAGUUGUCGAGAUACAAAACAGGUUUAGAGCUCCAAACACUUUUAUGUAAAGAAGGUCCGUGUCAUGUUUUUGUUUACAUAGGUUGCAUACACCAAAAUAUGUUCGUUCAAAGCAGAUUUUUGUCAAUAAUGAACUUCAAUCUUAAUAGCAUUAGACAUUUUCUAUCGAUUUACUGAAUCUUGUUUUGUUAUAAAUAUGCUACUUAGUAUUUUCUACAUGUAAACAUAAACAAGGCACGAGGGUUGUUUAAAUACAUGAAGAAUUUUAAGCUUGGUAUCUUCUUUGUAAAUCAAAAAAUGAUGUUUAAAUUUAUGCUGACAUUUGAAAUGCCCUAACUAGGAAUUGUAAACAUUAGAAGUGGUUUUAAAAAAAUCAGUUGAAACUGUGUCCAUUUCCCUUGAAAGUCAGAUGAUUUAAGAAUGCAAACUUUUGUAAAAAUUAAAGAAAUAAGAAAUUAAAACUGUUAAUUCAACAUUCCGUCUAAACCUGAAAAAACCGGUCGAAAUGCAAUCUAAAUUUUUAUUUUCCUUCCACGAAUAUCCACUUCCGCCCCUUACCGCGGUUGAACUCUCGAACUACUGAAUCUGUCUCCUGCCAGUAUAGUAACAGCGUGCUUGACCGUUCGAUCGGCCAUUUGGUUAAGCUUGACCGCUCGAUCGGCCAUUUGGUUUAGCUUGAACGCUCGAUCGGCCAUUUGAUUAAAUUGAAAAUUCUUUUAUGUCGACGGGAUUUUCGUGGCGUUGUCCUACACAACAAUGCCAUUAAGAGUGACAGUAAGAUACACUUUUUUAGACAUUACAUUAGCGGAUCGCUACGGAUGCGUCUUGUAAUGAAUUUUUUUUUAUAAAGCACAUUUUACAAAAAAAAAUUAAACUAAAAGAAUUGACCUAAGGGAAGCAAUAUUAAUAUAUAAAACACAAUUGAAAUUAACUUUUAUUUGCACACCAACUUCCGAGUGCCAUUUACCGGAAUGGACCUCUCGACUUUCGAUUCUUUCUUUUAAAAGUUCUGGGUUGCUGUUUAGCUCGUCAAGACAAGUUCAAUAAUUUUGCUUUCAUAAAAUUUUACUUACUUUUUUUAAUCACUUAGUUUGUCAAUAGCUUGUCUCGUUUUCGAAAAUGUUUGUACGUAUGACAUGCUUUUGCUUACCGUAUCUACUGGCAGAUAUAAAUUCCAUAUGUAUGAGGUAUAAUUGAUAUAUGGCUACAAAAGUACAAACAUAAUUUUUGAGUGGGUGGGGCUAUGGAAUAUUGCACAGGUAUAUUCCUUGUGACAAGACCUUUCUUUAGGUACCUCUUGACCUUUCCCUUGGCGUUUGACCUAUUUUUACAAAAAUUCUACCUUUUACUUUGGCUAUAACUUUAACAAUAACAAAUACAUUUGGUAUCAACGUAUUUGACUUGCAUUUGAGAAAGUUUUACCUUAAUUUUCCAAUGCCAUACGGGGGCAUUAGUGUUUCACGAACACAUCUUGUUUUAAAUUAACAACAAAAUUAAGUUUUGUCCAGACCCUUUUACUUAAAAUUUUCUAUGAAAAAGAAUAAAUUCAUAUUUUUAGUAUGAUAAAGCAGUAUAACUAUAUUGCAUUUAUUUCCUGUUUCUAGCAUUAAAGCAAAAUUAUUUUGUCUGAUUAGAAUACUUACGAUGAAGAAAGAAGUGGACAGGGUGACGACUAUUUGAUUAAUAAUUUUUGGGAUAUGAAACUGGUUACGGAAUGAUGUACAACAAGAAAGAUUUCCAAUAAUGUCGUGUUCAAAAUACAAGAUAACAAGACAAACAUCUAAUGGGGCCAGAUUGUGCUGUAUAUUAGUUAAUCCAUGCACGGAUUUGGCUAGAGGAAUACUACGAUACCAUGUGACUGAGAUACAGUUUCCGUUUCUCCUGGCUUACCAUAAAGAUAAAUUAUGCACAUUUCUCAAUGCGUCUCAAAAAAUGAAACUGUAUCAAAAUGGUGCUGUUUUCAUGGGUUUAUACACAGAAUUUGAUCUUUGCUUGCUUUACACAUUUCUCCGCAACCUUUGCGGAAUAGUGCCACAUAGAAAUGGGUGGGGAAUAUCUCCCGAACCAUCAGAUAGGUCUCUUUCUGCGAAUAUUGACCGCCUCAGAAUAAUUCGAAAUUUGUAUGUUGGUCAUAUGGACCGUAUGUCUGUCACUGACAUCGAAUUUGAAAAUGUUUGGAAAGAAUUACUUUGAAUAGUAUGUGAUCUUGAGAAAACUUUAUGUCCCCAAAAACAACAUACACAGAGGCGCUUAAGACACUUAAAACUCAAAUAAUGGAUCCCCAGCAGACGGAACACUAUCUAUACCUACGUGAAGAGGUUGCUGAUGUAACAUAUAGACAACGAGAGCAUGACAGAAGAAUAGCCGAUAUUGAAGUAGAACAAGAGGAAACUAACAAAUUACUCAAACGUAUCAGCAGUUGUCUUGGAGAUGAACACUUUACAGCGGAGGGAAUAUACGUAUUAGUCAGCACUGUAACGGUGCUAAAGGAUCGUCGAUUUUGGAAAACAUACAUUAGAACCUCCGCUGUUUCCGGAGCAAUUCAAAAACUGAUGGAACACAAAGUUAUCAUUCUGACUGGAGAUAAAGUAGGAAUUGGAAAGUCAACCACAGGAAAGCAAAUUCUUCGUGAACUCUCAUCAGAAUCGGUGAGGUCACCUCGAAUUCCUGCACUGAUACACAAUCCAGAGGAAUGGAACAAAGUGAUUAAUCCAAAGGGCCCUUAUAUUGUUUUCCUUGAUGAUUUCCUUGGGGUUUCAAAUUUUGUGAUUGAAGCUGCAGAUAAUUGGAAAAAUUAUUUCGAUAUCAUACUUGCCUCGGCACGAGAAGGUAACGUCUUUGUUGUUGUUGCACUUAGAAAACAUAUUUUAAAUGGGGCCAGGCAAUAUUUUACGCAAGCAGAACUUUUCAGUCAUCAAUUUGAAAUCAACUUAUCCGAAGAGUUUCAACUCACAUUGGAGGAAAAGCAAAAGAUUUUGGAGUCCUUUGAACAAAAUUUCAAAUACCGCGCUGCUGAGAUAUUUGGGCCCAAAUGUAAAGAUUUAGAAAGCAACUACAAUCCAGAUGAUUUUGUCAUCUUAUCCGAAAUGCAAAAGAAUGAUAUUGUGAGAUCUGACCCAUAUUACGGAUUUCCCGUGACCUGCUUCCAAUUCUUCACGAGACCCAAGUGUUUUAAACAAGGUCCCAAAUUUUUCUGUCGACCAACUAAACCAUUGCUCUCUGAAAUCGAAAGCAAGCGCAAGUCCCAAUCUUUUAGGGAACAAGUAGAUUAUUGCAUUCUCUCCUAUGUUCUUGUUAAUGGAAGUAUCCAUUCAGACAAUAUUGAUAAAAAUUUAUUUCAGACAAUAUCUUCAAAACUCAUGUUAUCAAAUGUCACGGAUAUUAAUAUAGCUGAUGCUAUUGAAGAUCUUAGUGGUUCUUUAUUAAAUAAGGUUGGAGAGAGUACAGUCUUUAAAUUUGCACACGAAACAAUUCUAGAAACCGUUUUGGUAUCCUUCGGUAAACUAGCACCAGAUAUCGUGAUAAAGAAGUGCCACCAAAGGAAGAUUCAGGAACUUAUUCGUACUCAGAAUUGUGAGGUCAAGGAAAACGAGAUAGUUCUACGAAUUCCGAGAAAAAACUACGAGGAUUUGGCAAACCGAAUGGUGCGCGGUGAUGACGGCGAUGGUGUGGACUCUGGGACACAUGAAACAGCAAUGCAUAUUAUAUACCAUACUUCGUCAUGUGAUACCGAGUUCGUGGCAAUUCUUCUAUCUCGCGAACCAGACGAGAGAUUUUUGUCAAUUCUGUCGCAAAUUUUUGCUAACUUGCCAUGUGCUUCGGUGCACUCAAAAAAGGAACCAGCUGCAGUUUUGCUUUAUGAAAUGUUAAAACGCUUCGGUCCUCACCAUGAAACACUCAUCACAAAUCAGUUCCAACAAAAUGUAAUGCCUCAUUAUCAAAUUACUUUUGAGGAUAUUCAAUAUUUUCUAAGAAAUUGUUUGAAAAUGAAACAUCAGACCGAAAACUUAGUUUUACUUAUUGUCCAGUAUCUUAUGGAUGAGAAAUUUUUACAAUGUGUAUUUGAAGAAAAUUGCUCAUUUUCCGGUCGUUCUUUGACGUUUGCCCAGUGUUGCAUACUCAAAGGAUGGGAAACAACAGUAGAGAUGGUUCUGAAGUUACAAUCCUCAUUGAACGCAGAAAAUGGUUGGUCAUUUACUCAUUUGGCCGCUUUUGCGGGACGUUGGAAAUUGUUAAAAAAGUUUGUAAGUGAUGAAAUGAGUGUUUUAGAGAUGCCUGAGCAAAGCUUUACUGUAGUACAAGCAGCUUUGUUUGGAAUAAGCGUCGACAAAGAUAUUGCAUUCCAUCGUAAUCAUACCGAAAUACCGUCCACCCUUCACCUCGCUGUGUAUCUGGGGAGACCUAAUAUGGUGAAGAAAAUGUGGGAGCUC